AUGGCUUUCCUGAGAAAACCCCCCAUCGGAGCUACAAAAUUCCCAUUCCCACUUCCUUCCACCAAACACAAACCCCUCAAUUUCACACAAGAGAAAGAGGGGAAAUUUUGUUUGAGAAAAGGACAUCCCAAGAACAACCCCACAAAUAAUUUAACAAAUUCUCCACUUUAUUUUUUCAAUUCCCCACUUCGGUUCUUGGGAGGAUUCCAGAUGGAAGAAGGAAGUGAGUCAACGAGAUACUGGUGUCAUGUAUGCAACAGAGUAGUCGAAACGUUCAGGGAGGCUGAGACGAUCAAAUGUUCGUCAUGUAACGGCGGAUUCGUGGAGGAACAUGAUAGCGUAAGGGCUGAUGAUCACAACCACCAACACCAACUCGCCGGAGAUUCGGAAUCUGACCGUGCUAUGUCAUUGUGGGCUCCAAUUUUGCUUGGAAUGAUGAGUAACCCUCGCCGGCGACGUAGAUUAAGACAGAUUGAGAACAACGAGGAAAACGAUGAGAAUGAAGAUCAUAACGACUCCGAAGAACGCUACCGUCGUUACCACCGUGAAGGAGGAGAGUCGGAAUUGGAUAGGGAGUUGGAGUCUAUUAUGAGAAGGCGGCGGCGAAGCUCCGCCGCGAUCGUUCAACUCCUUCAGGGGAUUCGCGCCGGGAUGAUAACGCAAUCGGAGAAUAACGCUGAUAGGGAAGGCGGAGAGAGUAACAGAGAUCGAGAUCGUGUUAUUCUGAUUAAUCCGUUUAGUAACACAAUCAUUGUCCAGGGUGGUGGCAGUGGUGCAAAUUCAUUUGACUCCUCCGGCGUCGGCGGCCCACAGAACCACCCAAUCGGAUCCCUAGGCGAUUACUUUGUGGGCCCCGGACUGGAAUUACUCCUCCAGCAUCUCGCGGAGAAUGAUCCAAACCGGUACGGAACACCACCGGCAAAAAAAGAGGCGGUGGAGGCCAUGCCGAUAGUGAAAAUCCAGGAAGAUUCCGUUCAGUGUUCAGUUUGUUUGGAAGAUUUUCAGAUCGGAGAUGAAGCAAAAGAGAUGCCAUGUAAACAUAGGUUUCACGGUGACUGUAUCCUGCCAUGGCUAGACCUUCACAGUUCAUGUCCAGUUUGCAGGUAUCAGUUACCUUCCGAUGAAUCCAAACUCGAACGAGACCGUGAAGCUUCCCGUGCUAUCACUGUCAACACCAACGUGAUCGCCGGAGAAUCUGAGAUCGCCGGAGAAGACGGUUCCGGUUCCUCCCGGCGACUUUCUGUAACUCUCCCUUGGCCUUUCAACAGCCUUUUCUCAUCAACAUCAACUUCAGGCACUCAAAUCACAAACCCUCGUUUGAUAAUGGACACAGGGUCGUCGGACUCAGGGUCAGGUCCGCCGGAGAACGGAGGUGGUCGGAGGGACGAUGAUAAUCAAUGAACCGCAGCUCAGCUGUAAGUUUUCCUUCAUGUUGUGUAUACGCCGUCGUUACAGAAACGUGUACAGAGAUCGGAUAUUAUAUUGUUUAAUAUUGACAGGAGUAUAUCGUGUUUCUGUCUUCUUUUAUGUAAACCUAAUUAUGAAGGAUUGUUUACGCCUUCAAAAAUUUUUCCAACAUUUUUCUAGAUUACCUCUGGAGCUUAGCUUCUUAAAAUACAUUUCAAUCAUGUGGCAUAGAUACUAGAUAAAUAUUAACGAAAAGCAAAGUAAUAGAUUGAGUUAUUUUACAACUCCUACGGAAUGAACCAUUCAUGAUUCCAUCGUAUCAACACAACUUUAAUGCAAAAAUUAGUUUGAUUAUACCAAACACAUAGCAACAAAACAUCCAACCGAGUUGACUCGGUGAAAAACAAGUACGAAGUCAUUUAUUACUUGAAGAAAACGAUUUGGAAAUAAAGAUGGAAAUGAGCGUGGGAGGAAUCACUUUCACUUUCACUUGACAGUGAUAAUCUUGAUGACGGAUGCGGAUCCAACUCGGUGUAAAGCAACAACCGCAUCUCCAUCCUUGCAAAGGCCUUUACUCUUAGCA